CUGGAAAACCCACCGCCACAGGGCUGUCUAAUGCGCUUUCGUUUUUAUAUCCAAGCGUCGACGUCUGGACAGACUGUCCACAAGCUCGCAUCUUCCGCAGCGCAACAACACAAACCUCACGCAAAUCCUCCACUCCAAUUGCAAUCAUGGUCGUCGGCUCUGUCCUGGUUGCCGGUGGCACCGGCUAUAUUGGCUCCUUCACAGCUCUCGCCCUGCUUGAGGCCGACUACAAGGUUGUCAUUGUCGACAGCCUAUACAACUCGUCCAUAGAAGUCAUCAAUCGUAUUGAAUUGAUCUCUGGGAAGCGGCCUGCCUUCUACAAGCUCGACAUCACGGACGAGGCUGCGAUCGACAAGGUGUUUGAUGAGCAUCCCGACAUCGACAAUGUCAUCCACUUCGCCGCUUUGAAGGCUGUUGGCGAGUCUGGGGAAAUCCCACUGGAGUAUUAUCGUGUCAAUGUUGGUGGAAGUGUUGCCCUCCUGCGAUCAAUGGAAAAGCACAAUGUCACCAACGUCGUCUUCUCCUCUUCGGCAACUGUCUACGGCGAUGCCACUCGCUUCCCUAACAUGAUUCCGAUUCCAGAGCAUUGCCCCAUCGGUCCUACCAAUACGUACGGAAGGACCAAGUCUACGGUGGAGUCUGUCAUCACCGAUCAAAUCGAAGCUCAGCGCAACAAGGCCAAGAAGGCCGGUAAGUCUGGCGAAGAAUGGAAUGCAGCGCUUCUCCGGUACUUUAACCCUUGCGGUUCCCAUCCCAGUGGAAUCAUGGGCGAGGAUCCUCUUGGCGUUCCUUACAACCUGCUUCCUCUUCUCGCUCAGGUUGCCAUUGGCAAACGAGAGAAGCUCCUUGUUUUCGGCGACGACUACUCAUCGAAGGAUGGAACUGCGAUUCGAGACUACAUCCACGUUUUGGACCUGGCCAGAGGGCAUCUGGUUGCUCUAAACUAUCUACGUGAGCACCACCCUGGUGUCAAGGCAUGGAAUUUGGGCAGUGGAAGAGGGUCGACGGUGUUCGAUAUGAUCAAGGCCUUCGGCGCUGCUGUCGGACACGAUCUAGCCUAUCAAGUUGUGGAACGUCGUCCUGGUGACGUAUUGGAUCUUACGGCUAACCCUAGUCUUGCCAACAAGGAGCUGAACUGGAAGACAGAGCUGACUCUCGAGGAUGCAUGCCGCGAUCUCUGGAAAUGGACGAAGAACAAUCCGAACGGGUACAACCAGAGCCCGCCCAAGGAGUUCUUGGAGGAACUGGCCGCCUCGCGCAAGAAGUGA